UACCACCUCAUCCCUAAUUCUCUCUCUUCUGCCCAAUCUAGGGUUUUUACGUCUCUCCUUCCCCCUCUAAUUUCCGGCAGAAAUGGCAGAUGAGGCCGCUUACGCUACCGGAGGCGAAUCGAACAAGCGCAAGUAUGAUGAUUCCCCACCACCUGUGGGCCGCAGGUCGACGGGGUUCUCGUCGGCUCCCGAUUCCGCCGCACCUCCGCCUUCGUACAGCAACGUUCCGCCGCCAAUGAACGAGAUCGAGCUCGCUAAACAGAAGGCGCAGGAGAUAGCUGCGAGGCUUUUGAACAACGUCGACCCUUCGAAGAGAGCCAGAGUUGAUAACGGAGCUGGCGCCGGUGGAUAUGAUGCUGUUGAUACAGGUGUUAGCCACAAACAUCCAGGUUUAGGUCUUGGUGGUCCAGCACAAAGUGCUUCAUAUGGUUACCCAGGUCCGAGCAAGAAAAUUGAUAUUCCAAAUGGAAGGGUUGGUGUGAUAAUUGGCAAAGGUGGCGAGACUAUCAAGUACCUCCAACUACAGUCAGGAGCUAAGAUUCAGGUCACCAGAGACAUGGAUGCAGAUCCUAACUCUACUUCAAGAGCAGUUGAGCUCACAGGAACUCCUGAUCAGAUAGCCAAAGCAGAGCAAUUGAUCAAUGAUGUUCUUUCUGAGGCUGAUGCAGGUGGUUCUGGAAUAGUCUCCCGGCGGUUGACUGGGCAGCAAUCUGGGGCCGAUCAAUUUGUUAUGAUGAUCCCUAAUAAUAAAGUGGGACUUGUUAUUGGUAAAGGAGGUGAAACUAUAAAAAGUAUGCAAGCAACAACUGGAGCUCGUAUCCAGGUCAUACCUCUUCAUCUCCCCCCGGGUGAUAUGUCAAAGGAGAGGACAGUGCAAAUUGAAGGAACUAGCGAACAAAUUGAAGCUGCAAAACAGUUGGUUGAAGAAGUUACCAGUGAGAACCGCAUGAGAGGUCAAUCGAUGUCUGGAGGGUAUUCCCAGCAAGGUUAUCAAGCUAGGCCACCUACUAACUGGGGACACUCAGGCCCAGCUGGGCAACAACCUGGUUAUGGCUAUGUCCAGCCUGGUGCAUACCCUGGUCCACCACAAUAUGGCAUGACUCAACCACCGUACUCCGGUUAUCCUCCUCAAGCCGCAUCCGGUGGGUAUGGAGCUGGCUGGGAUCAAUCAUCAACUGCUCCUCAAAAUCAGCAAGCUGCUCAGGGAGGUGGCUAUGAUUAUUACAACCAACACGCACCAUCCCAGCAACAGCAAGCUCAUGGGGGGCCUGCUGCCCCGACCGAUGCUUCGGGAUAUGGCUACAGUCAGGCCGCCUACAGUCAAGGACAAGGCGGCUACGGCCAAGAUGGUUAUGGUGGUUAUCAUGCAGCUCAAUCUGGCUACGGCCAGCAACAGCAGAAUCCCAGUGCUGGAUAUGAUCAACAGCAGCAAAGCUACAACUCUGCGUAUCCAACACCCGAUGGUCAAACUCAAGGCGACCCCAAUCAAGCACCUGCGUCUGCGCAGUCAUACAACGCCGGUGGUCAACCCAGCCCAAACCCAAAUUAUCCACAUCAAGCUUCCAGCCAGCCCGGUUAUGGAGCACAGAGUGGCUAUGGGACCCAACCACCUUAUGGAAACUAUGCGACACCUCAGUCUCAAAAACAAGGCAGUCAGCCCACUGCAUAUGCACAGCCUCAGCAAUCACCUAGUGCACAAGGUGGUGCAUAUGCUCAGCCUGGCUAUCCUCGUUCUCAGCCCCCUCCUACCCAGGCUAGCUAUGCUCAUGCAGAUUCAGGUGCCCAGCGACCUCCAUCGUCCGGUUACCCAGCAGCAGCAGCUCAACCUGGCUACGGUCAACAGCAGCCCGCACAAUAUGGUAGUGCUUAUGACGCCACCCCGCCUCAAGCGGCCCAAUCCACUGGGGCUGCCAAAGCAUCACCUCCCAGUUGAUUGAGUAGAGUAGAGUCAAGACGUGUUUUUCAUGCUCUUAUAUUGUUGUAUUUGUUAUGGCUCGUAUGAUAUUGUGUUCUAAUUAGGUUUCUAGUGUACAAUGGAUCCUUGUUUUUGUUUUACUGAGUUGCAACAACUGGAAAUUGUGUUGAGCGCA